AUGACCGAUAUCACCAAAGAUUCAAAGCCGUCGGAGGCGACCGUGGAGAGAUUUGAGUAUCUCCCGAGCGAUGAGGAGUAUAGCAAGGAUGGUCUUCGUCAGACCCAUACCAUGGGUACAUAUCUUCUGCCCCUGCAUACAACCCUGACGCUCCAUCCAGACCCUCUCAACCUAUCCAAAUGGAGGAAGAUUGUUUUCAUCUCCCUCGUAUCAAUCUUCUCCAGUCUCGGUCUGUCAUUGGUGUCUGGCUUUGGUGGUCUUUUGGGCUUCUACAUCCCAGAAUACGCUGUGCAUGGUGCCGAUUAUGCUGAUAUCACAGCUCUCAUGACGUAUCCAUCCAUGUUCAUGGGUGUCGGCUGUCUCACAUGCAUGCCCUUGGCUCUGUCCAUUGGCAGACGACCCGUCUUUCUCGGAUCGCUGGUUGUACUCAUACUUGGGGCUCUCCUGGCAGCCCAAGCAAGGGACUACAAUUGGCACCUCGGUGCGAGAAUGGUGCUCGGCUUCGCUGCUGGACAAAGUGAGGCUUUGGUACCUAUGAUGAUACAGGAGAUACAUUUUAUGCAUGAGCGUAGUACGUUUCUCAUGUGGCAGUCUGCAAUACAGACAGUGCUUUCGGCUGGCCUCACCAUUGCUGCGUCUCCCUUGGCUGGAGCCGUCGGUCCUGCGAAUUGGUACAGAUUAGGCGCAGGCUUUUCAGCUGUGACUCUGAUCCUGUCGAUUUUUCUCGUGCCAGAGAGUCGCUACCCUCGAUCCCUGGUAGCGUACGGACAAUCGUCAGAAUUUGAUGGUGUCGAACAAGUACAAACGACAGCAGCACCAGUGAGGCUGUCAGAGAGACCCGCGCUGGAUACUACAAAGUAUCCACCGCGGACGAUCAGGUCGGAUAUGCGCUUAUUUGUUGGGGAGUUUGAUUGGGUGGAGGGCUGGUACGGCUUCGUCCAUACCUUCCAAAUUCUUCUCUUCCCAAAUGUCUUAUGGGCAUUCUGUCUCAACGGCUUGACAAUUGGAAUCAACAUCGCCAUCGGAACGACUUACGGCGCUAUCGUCACUCAUCCUCCUUACAACUGGGGCAAUGACGCAGCAUCAUAUGUCAACGCGGGACAAGUUGUAGUCGCCUUUGUUGCACUCCCUCUCCUCGGCAACGGGUCAGACAAGAUCAUCAAAUGGCGGGCCAAGCGUAACGACGGUUUCCAUGAGCCCGAAAACCGCCUCCUCGUCCUCUGGAUCCCGAUCCUAUUCGGGAUUCUCUCCGCCACACUAUAUGGCCAAGCUGGGCAAUAUCCCGACAAAUACCAUUGGUUUGUCAUUGUGUUCGCCAAUGCAGGCUAUUACUUCUGCUUUGUCGGCGCAAACAUUGCUGCCAUUACAUAUUUACUCGAUUCUUACCCUGCGCGGGCUGGGCCCGUUCUUGUUGUCAUCACGGCUUUCCGCGGAUUCGUUUCUUUUGGUACGAGCUACGGUGUAGCCAAGUUUAUUGAAACAACUGGUUACGAUGGUUCUUUUGGUACAUAUGCCGGACUCACGGCGCUCUUUGGGUGUCUUGGUAUCCCCAUUUUCCUGUAUGGCUCGACGAUUUUUUGUAACGGUUUGGGCCUUGCCAAGACCGACUUGGGUGAGAGUUGGUGGAAGAAAUGA